GCAGGUAUGUACUGGAGAGGUAAAUAAUGGCCAAUUCGUACGUAGUAACUUGAGCAGUACUAUGCACUCACCUCCGGGACGCGUCUCAAACGAUUCCGGACUAGCGGCUUCGCGCGUCAUGAAUUCCAGGUCCCCUCCAGCGUUCUUUCAACACUUUUUCUCCCCAAGUUAUUUCUCUCUCACCACCUUUCUACGAUAACCGUUAACACAAUCCUCGUCGUGGAUCGCCUUUGCUGCGACUUGAAUAUCCCGGUUGAAUUUCGUGUCUGGUCAGCCAACGCCCGGCUGUUUAUCACAAACCGCAACGAUGGCUCCCCGGGGCCAAGCAAAGGCUCGCGACCUGGACUUUUCCAACGUCGGAAAAGCUGGAAGGCGCACAGGUAUCACCCUUAAAGAAGGCAAGCGAGAUGAGCACGGAAUGGAAGAGGUCGAUGGAAUAUUCUCAUCGCCGGAGAAGUCCCCCGUCAAAGAGAACGGAUUUGACAGAAGCGAUUCUUAUGAUGGCUCUGAUGGAAUGUCCAUGGACGAGGGCAACGGUCUUGGUCCUGCCGAUUUCUUCAAGGGCGCCAAUGGCUCACGCACACCUCAUCUCCCGCCCCCCGUCGCGCGCUCCCCAAUAAAAUCUGGUAUGCCUGGAUCUCCGCGUCGGACACCUGGAUUGCGCUCCUCUCAAAGUCCGCAACGUGACCUUGUGUCAUCGAGUCCCUCCGACGGCAGGAGCGCGAAGGCCGAUUCAAGGCGUGACGUUUCCCCGCUUACCAGUCGCUCCAUCAAUGCUACACCAUCACUAGAUCAUUCGAAUGCCGCACGUAACAAGGGAAACAAAAGGUCCCAGAAAGCAGCACAGAUAUCUUUAUCCGAUAGCGAUGGUGAUGCGGAUGAGAACGGAGACUCUCUUGAUCAGGCACAAGACGACUUCGGCGACAGCUUUAACGCGGAUGACGACACCAUGCUAGGAAACAAUUCCGACGACAUGGAUGACAACGAUGCGGAGGAGAUACCGGCGCAGUCUACUGCGGCAGAAAAGCGCAAAGGGCCUGGGAGAGGCCGCAAGCCAGCAGGAGGUGCGAAGGGCGCGAAAGCUACCUCAUCGCAAGAAACAACAGAACCCCAAGGGCCCGCACAGAAACGGAAGCGCGCGGGCCGGCCACCGAAAGCCCAAAACAAAUCCACGGAGAACGCAGAAGGGCAGCGGCCCGCGAAGAAGGCCAAAACUUCAGAACCGAAACGGCGAAUCACAGGCCCUUCAGGUGACCCCGAGUUGGAUAAGGUGGUCGAGAACUACGUCAACCGAACUGGACCGCUCAGAGGAAGGAGCCUAUAUAUCCUCAAACGCGAGGCCCCUUCUGAUCCCACGACAACCCACACGCGCUCAGGACGUGCUUCUGUCAGACCACUAGCCUACUGGAAAAAUGAGCGGUGCGUGUAUGGUGACGAGGAAGCCGCCGAAGGCGAACGAUUCCCUCUUUCAAAAAUCAAAGAGAUCAUUCGGACGGAAGAGCUGGAGCCCGAGAGGAAACAGAAGCGCCGAUCCAAAAAGUCGAAAUCAAGAAAGAGCAAAGACGAUGAAUCCGAGGACGAGGAUGAACAAUACCGCGACCCGUAUGAGGAGCAGGGUGGCGUUCUGCAUGGCUAUAUCAGAAAAUGGGACCCGGAAAGUCAAACGGCAACGAACGAGGAGGAAGUGCUUGAUAUUGCUUACGCUCCUUCUGGCAUUGAAACUCGCGACGUCAAAGGAGCAACUUUUCGAUUUGCGAAGCUCCUUAGUUCCCCCUUCAUCGGCUCCGGCAUCGUUGAACUACCGCCCGGUGGAGUCAAAAAACCAAAGAACUCGAAGAAGAUGCACAUGGUGUUUUAUGUUGUAUACGGACGAGUUCUGGUCGAUAUUUCUGGUGUCCAGUUCAGCGCAGGGAAGGGGUGUGUUUUCCAAGUUCCUCGAGUUUUGCCAAUACCUACAGCAAGGACGCCCGGUUGUUCUUCACACAGGGCUGUGUUCCUACAGAAGGCGACGAGACCCCCGGGUCUGCUUCCAAAGCCGACGCCCUCGACGGCGAAUCGAAUACCCCGCCAGCUCGCCCGAAGGCUGCCUCCGGCAAAGGCCGACCAAAGGGGAAGCAGAAGGCCGCUGCCUGAGCCCUAGGGCACAUCAACCCUCUGCUUAUCCUCUACACUCCCCGACUCCGUUGUGAUGUCUUCUUUAUUUCACCUUUUGGCAUAACUUUUAACCUCCCCUCGGCUUUACUUGUUGGUGUGAUAUCAGACCGUCUCCCGCAUCCCUUCACUGCAUUUUUGGUUCUCCCAUUUAGCGACUCAUCUUCAUGUUACCCCGACGCGCGGUGUUUGUUAUUAUUUGUCCCUGCACACUUUUAUUCCGAGCCCUAUGCAUUGGAUUAUGGAUGAGUGAACAAGGGAGGUGGAAUUACUGUGCCUGCCGGAUCUACAUAACCGAACUCAAUGAGAGUUUCGAACGAAUCUGACACAUUAUCUUUCAACUUUUUUACUAUCAUCGCUUGGGGAUAUUGACUAUAUUUCCUCCAUAUCCUCAUCCAACUCAUCGUCCAGUCCGAGCGGCGGGAAAUCUCCUACCUGGACCUUCUCCGGCUUAACAAAGACACCCGUUUUAUUGGGACACGUGAAGUAUCGCUUUCCACCGACGCUUCCGUCGUUCUUCCCCGUUGGCUCAUCGAGCUCAAUACCGACCCAAAUGGGUAAAGGCCCGGAGGGAUCAACUGUUUCUGCAUCGACGCCGGCAAAUGGGAUCGUAGGGGCUGGCCCGACGAAGCGGACUGUUCCUCGUCGGAUGUGCGGUGGUGAUGAGGGAAGAAUGAUGGCGCGUUUUGAGACGGUUAUUUCUAGGGCGAAUAGCAACUGUUAGCGAAUCUCUCUCGCCUCUCGAACGAGGAAUAAGACGGAGUAAAGGGCACAACUAACCUCUCUUCUCAACCUCCUUCGCAUCUCUCUGAGCCUGCUCAAGCAUCGCCUCUACAGGCGGAAGCGCACUCGGAUCAAACCGCCCCAGCUUCUGAUUCUUCUUCCAAGCAAGGACCGAGUUCGGGAGGCUCUCGUACGUCUCCGUUGGGAGAACAUACUUUUCCACAGCAGAGAGGUCACUAAAGUUGACUCUCGCCGCUUGCGGACGGGUAUCGUGGACCACGAGCUCACUCCCCUUCAUCAGUCCCCAGUCGCCGAUGAUUGUGUCGUCGGCGUCGAGCCACUGGUCGGGCCGGCCGGGGGUCUUGAGGAGGAGGCGUUGGCUGCUCGGUGGGAUGCCGGUCAUGGUCUCGAGCUUGCCCUUUGUUUGGAGGACGGUCCAUGAUGGGGUGAUGCGGCGUUCGGAGAGGAGGCGCGGUUCGUCGGUUGUUGGGGCGGUUGAAGGGGUGGUGAUUGUGACGGCGAUGUCGCUGGGGGUUGGUUGGAAGGACAUGGUGGCGGUUUGGGAUGAGGUUUCGUGUAUAUAUAUGUGGAUGGUGUUUACUAGAGAUUGGUCCUGGGCUGGUGUAAGUUGAGCUCAAGAUAAAGUAUGUCAAGUAUCAAACAGGCUGAAUAUGGUGGCCAGCAUUCAUCGUGCGGGGAGUCUUCAGGGACCAGAUCGCGGAGUUCUCAAGAUUCGCCAAGCACUUGCCCACAAAAACGAACAACAGUAACGAAAUUUGAGUGUUGCUGUUGAGGAUGUUGGGGACUUGAUAAGAAGAAAUUCAUGGCGGGGUGUGGUUCGUGAUAAGGCGUAUGUGGGACGCGAAUCGGUUUAAUUUUGGCUUGACCAAUCAGACAUCCGUUCCUAGAAGGCCGCCGGCCGCCUGGAAAUAACC